AUGACCUUGAUUCGCCAGACGAAGACGCCCCGGUUAAUCCCAAUGGGUAAGCGAUUCAUCCUUGUGCCGAUCCUGGUGUACGACCACCAAUAUGCUGACGCUGUGCCCAGCUUUGAUGACUCAGAGAACACCGACAAUCUGGAGAACCUGGACCACCCUAGCGACUCAACCGACGAUGAAGAGAUAGCCAUUCAGAUCAAUCAUCCGAUUCAGAAGCUGAAGAGAAUCUUGGGAAUAUCCCAAGGUUACUGCCAGGUUGAUAGCCACGUUUCGAUCCACACGUUCGACCAAUCGACUGCCCUCGGCUCGAGUGAUUCGCCUGAAGACGAAAUCGAUCAGAUAUCUGCCAUGCUCCUCGACAUCAAGUUUGAGUACAAAGUCUCAGAUGCAGUUAUGAAAGCUCUCUUUCGAGGAAUUGGGCUCUAUUCUGGUCAAAUUAUCCCCAAGAUGAAAAGCUAUGAGCAUUCUAUCGCACAACUCGAGGGAAUGUCUAAGCAAAAUAUCACCUUCUUCAAGACUUGUGAAAGAGGCUGCGUCGUUCACAGUCGAACCAAGAGGACGUGCACGGCAUGUCAACACCGUGAUACUUCCCCACCUCAGAAGCAGCCAGAAUAG